CUGAAUUCCAGAGCACAGCAGACCAACAAUACAGGAAUGACCGAUGAUGGAAGAGAAAGGUGUCUAGUCAUUGAAGGCCUGUAGAUCUUCAGUCGAAUGAUAUACCUUUCAUCAGGCCCUUCACUCCAGUACUCUGGAUCAGCACUAUGGCUACUGUGUUCCAUGCCACAACACAUAAUAAGAAAAUGACUGGGGUCCAGAUAAUCAUGUCAGUGUUAUGCCUACCCUCUCUUUUUAGAAAAGGGUCAGGGACAUGGCAAGGACAAACCAGUUCUGCAACGUGGUUUCAAACUUUCCAAAAAGCCUUGGCCUUUCCGUUCGGUCAUAUGCUCUCAUAUGACGGGAAGACUUCAGACUGAACAGAACAGAACAUAAAGUUCAGUAUAUAGAAACAACGUCAUCCAGGCCAUCAUCCACAUCUACCCAUACACAAAGAUAGUAUCAGAAGGGCCACUUAAAACAAAACAAAUAUCAAGAUGGAUCGUGGAUAUGUGCCUAAACAUGAUCUACGGAUAGUCUUACUGGGUCAGGCUGGUCCAUGGAAAGGCUUCGUCAGCAAGGACAUCGUGGGCCUGUGGGCCGAUGGGUCAAUGUGCUUGGAGAGAGAAGAAUCUGGCCGGACAGUCACCAUGGUGAUGACCCAAGGCUGGGACAGUGAACACACUGGUGGUGGUGCAGUAGAACAGGAGGUCAUGAGAAGCGUGACCCUUUGCCCUCCAGGGCCGCACGCUCUCCUGCUGUCGCUGCCCAUCGGGCCCGACGUGGGCAUCACAAGGCGUGACGUGGAGAGGGCACAACAGCACAUGAGCUUCCUGUCUGAGAAAGCCUGGAAACACACCAUGGUUGUGUUCAUCUGCACCUACAAAAUAAUGUCUAACACGAUCUUGCUGGACAGACACAUUCUAGGGCAGCUUGUAGAUAGAUGCGGAGGAGGACAUCCUAUUAUUUUUUUGGACAAGCCCAGUUCUGAGCUCUUACAGAAGGCAGAUCAAAUGGCGGCAAGAAACAGACAAAGUUUCCUUCAACAUCAUGAGGUGAAAAUGCCGAGACUAACUAUGGAGGCAGAACAGCUUGCAGCCUUCAUUCAAAAUAUGAGGAAUAUGAGGGGCAGUGGGUCACCAGGACCACGACCCGCAACGGCACAUCAUAGAGAGAUGCCACAGAAUGACAGACACAUUGGAAUGGUGGAUCUUUUGGGUGUGUUUGAUGGUUGUAGUCCUGAACUUCUUUGGUGUAUUAUUAUCUUUGCUGGCGUUUGUCUAGGUUUCAUCAUGUGUCUAGUUAUUUCUCUAGCCGAACGUAUCUGUUCAGUUUAUCCUUGGUUACCAUCGGUUAUUAUUGGCUGCACAUCCACAGUAGUCUUGAUUUUUUUUUUCUCUUUUUUUUUGCUUACCUCACUAAAAUGGAGAUGAUGGUGACAAGGUUUAGUACUACAGGUUGUGAAAACCAGCUUGCUGCACUAGUGACGAAAAAGCUGUUGGGUCUGUGAUGUUGGACUUACUGUAACAACCAAAGAUGUUUGGAUGAUUAUCAUGUCUGGCCUCCUUCUUGGACUGCCAACCCACACUGAUAUGGAGUGACUAUUCAAGACGACGUAAAAAUGAUGGGUUCAUCAACUGACAUUUCAAAUAGCCUUUGGACUGUUGGAUUUUUAAUAAACAAACAGCAAUUCCUACUGCACUAACCUGAAUCGAAACAAGCAACAAUUUCUGCUCUGUCCCAAAUUCAAAGACCGUUUCAGAAUGCCACAAAUGAAAAGCAUGACCAGUUAGAGUUGCAGAGUGUGAUGUCACUUACAGUAUACCAGAGAGUGUUUAGUCACACCAUGUGCCAAUUUCAUACUGUAUGGCCAUGUAUCAUUCCACAAAAUGGUGUUUGUAUUCUCUAUCAUCAAGUUUGUAAAUUAGGCUAAACAGAGCCUUAACUCGAAACAGCUGUUAGGCCAUGCUUACUGCAUGAUUAUUAUGAUAAUAAUUUGUCCAUAUUCAUUAUUGAGUGCUUAGCCGGAAUGAUGUACAUGUAUGCAGUAUUGUACAUAGGGCCAGUUUUUGUCUGAUGCAUGAUAAUGAUAUAAUAAACUAGAUACGUAUACUGCAAAGUGGUACAAAAUAUGAUCACCGCUCAGGCCUGCACAUUCUC